GCUCAAUCCAGAGUACCUCAUCUCUAGACAACCAGUCUUUGCGUCCUAUCUCGGCUGAAUACAGACAUCGAGCUCAAACAUGCCUUCUACUGCAAUGGACAUAGACAGCUCCGGAAAGCUCGACGCCGCACGCGCCCUUCAGGCUAAAGUCGAGGCCGCCAAGCUGAACAUCGUUGAGGACCAGACCCGCUUUGAUACCCUCCAGAGUGCAUUAGCAAAGGAUCCCGGACUCGUGUCUGAAGGAGUGGCGGGUACGACGGACCCUGCCGUGGUCGCAGCCGAAGUCGCAUCGCAGAUCUCUUUUCUGAGGAACCUCAAGUUCCAGUACCUGGAGCAGAAGGCUAAGGACCAGUACGUGAAGACUAUCGUCAGCGACGAGGCACCGAACAUCAAUGCGGACGACAACGAGCUUCUCCGGAUCGAGAACGACAAGAAGAAGGAGGUUCUCGCAGCCGCGAAGGCGCGACUCGCAGAGAAGUACAGCGACGUCCGCACACUCGCGCCCCUCGUCGAGCAAGACUACAAUAAAGCACGGGUCCUCACCCAAGAGGCCUCCGCCCUCGCCAGCAAGAUACUCGACGCCCGCCUUACCCUGACUCGUCUCCGUCAAGCCCACCCGCACCCGCGCCUGACCAUCCCCGCCGCAAACGCCAAGCUUGAUGAGCAGAUCGAGGAGAUGCAAGCGUUGGGAGACGAGCUGGAGCAGGUGAACGCGCAGGUUGAGGAGGUUAAGGAGAAGGUCAAGGCCGGGGCGCGUGAGGUCGAGCGACUGCGCGUCGAGCGGGCGGACCUCGAGAAAACGGUCAGUGCGGGGCAGAAGGAGGUCCAGGACGGGAGGGUCGUGGGGCUGUAUGACUGGUGCGUCUGUCUUGUCUGCCGUUCGGUGCGUGAUGGUCAACGGUUCCGUUCCUCGUUCCGCAGGUAUACGGCUGCGCUCGCAUUACAUCGCUCGCUCUUGUCUCUCGAGUCUGCCCACUCGGAAUCGGAGAAUGAGCUCCACCUGACUUACAACAUCACACCCCGGGGCUCGACGGACAGUCGACAGGUAUUCAUCAAACUCUUGUUCGUGCCUAAUUCAAGGCAGCUAGCGGACGCACAGGUUGAGGGAUUGAUAUUGGACGUAGGGGAUGUCAUAGGUGCGCAUGUACAGGCGAACGAUGUGCCCCGACUAAUCGCGGCCGUUCUCUCCCGCGCACGAGCUGGCGGGUAACCUGACUCCACGUCUUUCGUUUUGAAACCUACCUGUAUCGAUACCCCCCUCACAUGCUUGUAAUAUAAU